AUGUGGAACUUUUAAAUGUUUAUUUGGGUUCUAUCAAAUAUUCCUUUUUCCUAAGAAAUAUCAGAUAAUAUCAACAUAUAUAAUGAAUUGGAGAAUCGCUAGUUGGAAGGCAUUUGGACACUUCAAGAUGAAAAUCAGGAAAUUGAUGUACUUUAACUUUAAGGCAUAGUUAAAUUUUCUAAUAAUUCUAUUAUUUAUAAAGGCUUUAGCCAUUAUGAUAAGUAAGAAGAAUAUUUUUUUGGAGAAAUAUUUCUUUAUAAUGUAAGACUAUUCCAGAUGUAAUAUCUCCAUUGUAUUAAAGGAAAUGGAUAGGUUUUGGAAACAUUAAUACAUAAAGAUAAAAUUCUUUAACUUGGCACAAAUGUGAAAAUGAAUAUAUUGUUUCAAUAUAGUUAGAUAAUAAUACUAAACAAAGAAUGA